UUGUAAUUGGCCAUACCCUGCUCUUUGUCUAAGCUUUUGAAAAUCCAAUACAUUUUUUCCUCAGAAACGGUGUACUUUUUUCCUUUUUUCAAAGAUUAUUCAAAUUUUAAAGGUAGCUUUCUAGAAAAUGAGAUCGUUUCAAAAGUUUUUCAUCACAUGUGGAAGUUUGCUUUACAUUUUAUGUUUUGAAAAACCGAUUUUUUGUAUGAGAGUUCCAAUGAUAAACACGAAAUUAGGGACGAUUAUUGGAACUAAUAUUUACAUCGACGGAAUACUAGUAAAUCAAUACUUAGGUAUUCCAUACGCAAAACCACCCGUAGAUAAACUGCGCUUCAAAAAGCCGGAGAAGAUUGAAGAAUGGAUAUCACCUCGGAAUGCCACAAAGCAGCCACCAGCCUGCAUUCAGUACACACCCGGUCCAUUUCCAUCGUAUGAUGACAAACCUGGCAAAAGUGAAGAUUGCUUAUAUCUCAACAUUUGGACACCAUCUAAUGCCAGCGAUAUAAAUACAAAAGCUGUUUUCUAUUGGAUUUAUGGUGGUGGAUUUUCGCAUGGAUCUAUUCGCAAGGAACUCUAUGGCGGAGAAGUAGUGUCUGCUGUUGGAGAUGUAAUUGUAGUCACAGUCAAUUAUCGCUUGGGACCCUUCGGAUUUCUGUUUGCUGACAGCAGCGAUGCUCCAGGAAACGUUGGAAUAUGGGAUAUUCUUACUGGCUUAGAGUGGGUUAAAGAAAACAUCGAAGCCUUUGGAGGCGAUAUUAGCAGAAUUACAGUUGCUGGAGAGAGUGCUGGGUCUAUAGCUGUAGGGUUGCUGUCAGUAUCUCCUUUAGCUCGUGGACUUUAUACAAGACAGAUCUUGCAGAGUGGCACGCCGGCAUACACAGCUGCUGAUAAUAACACUCAGAACCUGAACCGAAGUCAGCUGCUAGCAGAACUAAUCGGAUGUGCAAAUGAAACUUACACAAUUCAGCUUUACCCAAAAAACAUUGUUGAAUGCUUAAGAGGUAUCGAUGCAAUGGAACUGAUUAUGACUGAGGCUACUUUAGACCCAUAUUCUAACAGACGCUUCAUACCGCAGUUUGGUGACGAACUGUUGCCAAAUAACCCUCGGGAAUCAAUAAUAAACGGUGACUUUCAAAAUAACGUUAUUCUAAUUGGAAAUACACGUGAUGAAGGAUCUUCUCAGAUAACAACUCAAAACCGAGAAAUUUUUGGCUUCUUUGGCGAAAAAAAUCCUCAAAUAAACAAGACAUUUGGCAAGGAUAUGAUACGCAAGAUCUUCGCCAAACUCCCCGACAGGGAAGCAGUUGUAAGACAGUACCUCCCAGAUGAAAUUACUGAAGAUCAAUAUGAACUAGUGCGUCGACAAGUACACAUCGCAUCUGGUGACUAUUCAAGAGUCUGUCCAUCUGUCUAUUUUGCCGAGAAGUACGCCGAAAAGGGCAACAAUGUAUUCUUCUACGUAUGGGAUCAUCGUCCCAGUCCGACCCCGUGGGCCCCAUGGAUGGGGGUGGUUCAUUUCACAGAAAAUCAGUUUGUCUUUGGAAGUCCUAUAAAACACCCAGAGAAAUAUGUACCUGAAGAAGUUCAACUCAGUUCUGACAUGAUUAAAUAUUGGACAAAUUUUGCUAAAACUGGAAAACCGACAGACUUUUGGCCUCUGUAUUCCAAAGAUAAUCCUCGAUUUAAGUAUCUCAGUCUUGACCAAAAGGAAAUGGGAAACGGACCACACCACAACAAUUGUGACUUUUUCAGACCAUACUUUGGAUUUCAAUGAUCUGAAAUGCUACGUCUAUAUAAUUGUGAACGCCUAGAUAUAUAAAAAAGAGCAAUAUAUUUAUUCAGACAAUAGUUUCAAAUUUUCGUGUUUCAUGUUUCAUUUUUGUUCUGUGAAAUACUAGAAUGUGUUUAAUUUUCACUAAAAAUUAAAAACUGUUGUAUUGAUAUGAUUGUAUUAUUUGAACAAGCCAUUUCAAGAAACUAUUAUCAUUCUGAAUACUUUUUUAUCGCAGAUUUUUGUAGACGAUAGAAAUACAGAUGAAAAUAAUCCCAAUUAGCUCAUCAUUAUAGAAGAGAAAUGUCCCAAAGUGAAACAUAAAAUUAAUAAAGCAACAACCUUGUGUUUGGUGUA